UUGUUUUUUUUUUGUUUUCAGAGCUGGGGACCGAACCCAGGGCCUUGCGCUUGCUAGGCAAGCGCUCUACCACUGAGCUAAAUCCCCAACCCCCACAGUGUACUUGUAUAUGAUAAAUAAAUAAAUCUUUAAAAAAAAAAGAAAGAAAAUUGUCCUCUGACCUUCAUAAAACUCCCUCCCUGUAAAUAAAUAUAGUUAAAAAACAAAAAAUAAACAAAAAAUAGUUGUUUUUGUUUAGUGUUGUUGUUGUUUGGGGUUUUAUUGUUGUUGUUGCCCUAGCCAUCCUAAAACUCCCUUUGUAGGCCGGGCUGGCCUCAGACUCAGAGAUCUGCCUGCCUCCGUCCCCCACGUGUUGGGAUAAAAGGCAUGAACCUCCACCACAGCCUGGCUAAAUGUUUUAAGAGACCCUGGAGGGCUGAAGAGAUGGCUCAGUGGUUAAGAGUAAGUACAGUCUGCUCUUUCAAUUUCCAGCUUGGAUCCUGAGUUCAAUUCCCAGCAACACAUGGUGGCUCACAACCAUCUGUAAUGGAACCCAAUGCCCUCUUCUGAUGUGUCUGGGGACAUCUAUAGUGUACUAACACAUAUAGAUAAAAUAAAUCUUAAAAAAAAAAGAUAGAGAUCCUCGAAGUUCCUGGCUAUUCAUUCUUAUUUGUUUCCCAGAUAGAUUUUUUUUUAGUUUUUAGUUUUGUUUGUUCGUAACAAUAAGAACAAAUGUCCAGUUGGCCUCUCUGAUUCCCCAUUCACUGAUUUUCCAGGCUUGACUCUUCUCCCACUGGAAGCUCCGACCCUGUGAGGGUCUAACGUGGAGCUGAGAGCCUCAGGUCAGGCUUCUAGUGUCCGAGUGGCCCUCAGUCAAGGCCUCGGCUACUGGGCCCGCGAGGCUCCUUGAUGUUCCCCAACCUCCUCAUCUCUUUCCCACUCCUCACGCGACUCCUGGCCCACGCCCCUCGUGUUCUCACCUCCACAGCAACCACACGCGGCACCACACGCACACCUUCCAGCGACUUCCUGGGCGCCUGCGAAAGCCCGCCGAGCACAACAGUGGUUUCUACGGGCACUACCGCGGUCAAGUCAAGAGUGAAAGUGCCGGAGAAUACCGUCUUGCUGCAAAGCCCCCGCCUCCAGCAGUGUUCCUACAGAGAUGUGAGGGUGUUAGCAUUUAGAAGUGGCGUCUCCCGAGGCAGUCUGCAGGAGCAGGUGAGCACGCCCUGCCCUCACCUUCCUUCUCAUCUUCUUUCAAGGAGCCAGCUAAACAACACUACUUCUCCAAGCAUGACAACCGCACUUCCUACGACAAAGGUCCCUACUGCCUACUGCAGGGAAUCGGAAGACGGAAAGACCUGGAGCGCCUGUGGAAGAGACACACCUUCCUACGCUGGGCACCCUGCGAACUGGAAUUGAGCCAGCAGCCACCUCUGGAAUCAUCCUACCAGACUGAUUUUCGGUCAGGCACAGGACUCAGUCAGCUCCCCCAGCGCCUGGUCCAGUUUAUGCAGGUCCAGCCUCCCUAUGCCAACACCACUUACCAACAUAACUUCUGCCAGCCAUCCCGGGGUGGUCAUUGUGGUAGCGUCAAGUUAAGGCCCCAUGAGCCAGUCGCUGAAACACUGCCCGGCCUCCCGGGAAUCCCAAAACCCAAGUUGCUGCAGCACUACCUCCACGCCGGAGUUUCUGAGUGUUUAGACUGGUCCCAAGCACUAAAACGGUUCUGCUGACAUAGCA